GGGCAGCAGCAGCAGCAGCAGCAGCCAUGGGGCUGCAACCCCUGGAGUUCAGCGACUGCUACCUGGACAGCCCCUGGUUCAGGGAGCGGGUGAGAGCCCACGAGGCCGAGCUGGAGAAGACCAAUAAGUUUAUCAAGGAGUUGCUGAAGGAUGGGAAGAACCUGAUCGCCGCGACCAAGAACCUUUCAGCAGCCCAGAGGAAAUUUGCCCAUUCUCUGAGAGACUUUAAAUUUGAAUUCAUUGGUGAUGCAGAGACUGAUGAUGAAAGAUACAUAGAUGCAUCACUUCAUGAGUUUUCAAACUUUUUAAAAAAUCUUGAAGAACAAAGAGAAAUUUUGGCACUCAGUGUUACUGAAACUCUGAUCAAACCUUUGGAAAGAUUUAGGAAAGAGCAGCUAGGAGCUGUAAAGGAGGAAAAGAAGAAGUUUGAUAAAGAGACAGAGAAGAACUACAGUUUGUUAGAAAAACAUUUGAAUUUAUCAGCUAAGAAGAAAGAGCUACAAUUACAAGAGGCAGAUAACCAAGUGGAGCAGAACAGGAAACACUUCUAUGAGCUGUCCCUUGAGUAUGUGUGCAAGUUGCAGGAGAUCCAGGAGCGGAAGAAAUUUGAGUGUGUGGAACCUGUGCUAUCAUUUUUUCAGGGUUUGUUCACUUUCUAUCACCAAGGAUAUGAACUUGCUAAAGACUUCAAUCAUUACAAAAUGGCCCUGCAGAUAAAUAUACAGAAUACACGAAAUCGUUUUGAAGGAACAAGGUCAGAGGUAGAGGAGCUCAUGAACAAGAUCAGAAGAAAUCCUCAGGAACAUAAAAGAGCAAAUCACUUCACCAUGGAAGGCUACCUCUAUGUACAGGAAAAAAGACCUGCUCCCUUUGGUUCCAGCUGGGUGAAGCACUAUUGCAUGUACAGGAAAGAGACAAAGAAGUUCUCCAUGAUCCCAUUUGAACACAGAUCAGGAGGGAAAGUUGGUGAUGCAGAACUCUUUGUCCUUACAUAUUGCACCAAAAGAAAUGCAGAUACAAUAGACAGACGAUUCUGUUUUGACUUAGAAGCUUCAGACAGACCUGGAGUUCCUGUGACCAUGCAGGCAUUUUCUGAGGAAGACAGGAAGCUGUGGAUGGAAGCCUUGGAUGGAAAAGAAGCUCUGCUCAUCAACUUGAAUAAAGCGAAUGCAAAACCAGAGGGAAGUGCACAGUUGGAUAAGAUUGGGUUCACCAUCAUCAAAAAGUGCAUCAGUGCUGUUGAAACACGAGGUAUAAAUGACCAAGGAUUGUACAGAGUUGUGGGGGUGAGUUCAAAGGUCCAGAGACUUCUGAGUUUGUUGAUGGAUUCAAAAACCUGCAGUGAAGUUGACCUGGAAAACUCUGUAGAUUGGGAAGUGAAGACAAUUACUAGUGCUAUGAAGCAGUAUCUGCGAAGUCUUCCAGAGCCACUGAUGACAUACGAGUUGCAUGGAGAAUUCAUCGUUCCUGCCAAAAGUGGGAGUCCUGAAUCUCGAGUCAAUGCUGUUCACUUCUUGGUCCACAAACUCCCAGAAAAGAACAGAGAGAUGCUGGAAAUUUUGGUGAAACAUUUAGCAAAUGUUUCAAAGCAUGCCAAGAGGAAUCUAAUGACUGUGGCAAACCUAGGGGUAGUAUUUGGACCUACCUUAAUGAGGCCACAGGAAGAAACUGUAGCAGCCAUCAUGGACCUGAAGUUUCAGAAUAUUGUCGUUGAAAUCCUGAUAGAGAAUCAUGAGAAGAUUUUCAAAACCCUGCCUGAUGCUACUUUCCCUGAGCCAAUCUCUAUGUCAGUAUCUCCUCCAAAUGCCCCACCAAGGCAGUCAAGAAGACAAGGACAGCGUAUUAAGAGGCCUCUGGCUGUUUACAAUCUCUGCCUGGAGUUGGAUGAUGCUGACAGUCACAGCUCUCCCAGAGAAGACACCCCAACUGGGAGCAUGGAUUCUCUUUCUUCCCAGUCUCCAACACCUGCCUUCUCCAGCAGCCCCCCUGGGCUCUUGGAUGGAAAUGACCUUAUCAUGAACAGUGGAGAUCUUGCAGGCUGGACAACAAAUCUUCCUGCUCAAAGCCGCCCGUCGAUGGUCUCAUGGAUGAACGUUCCACCUGCCAACCCGGCUGCCACAAGUGCUGCCCUACCCACUUUCUUCUUCCCCAACCCUGCCACUGGCACUGACACAGCAGUGGAAAGUGUUGCCCACCGAAAAGCAAGAGCAGUUUAUCCGUGUGAAGCAGAACACAGCUCUGAAUUGUCAUUUCAGAUAGGAGCAAUAUUUGAAGAUGUGCAAUUUUCCAGAGAGCCAGGAUGGCUAGAAGGCACGUUAAAUGGCAAGAGAGGACUUAUUCCACAAAAUUAUGUUCAGUUUUUAUAGCUUUGUGCAUUGAACGCCAAGGAGGUGUACAUGGUAUCCAUGGAUUUUUGUUCUAGUCACUUGUCUCUACUUUUGUGACUGCUUUUAAUCAGUGAAGAGCUGGACUAUGGAUUGAAGAUCUUAAUCUGUAUAAAGACAUUAAGUGUUGCCAAAUAUGAAUGACAGAAAAGAUUCUUUGAGGGUUGGAAUGGGUGGGGGGGCAAGAAAGAGGGAUGAAGGGAUUGGUUAAUUUUUUAAUAGGGUGCUUGUUUUUUCAGUUGUAAAGAGCAGUAGUAGUAUGUUUGUUUGCAAGAUAAAUAGCUUUUGAGUCAAGUGUUUGGUUGAUCUGUGAUUCAACUUCGUGUCCUGAAGAUUAUGCUUUGAUAACCAGCAUUUUUAACAGAAUGUCAGGUGGUGAGGCACUGGGACAGGCUGCCCAGAGAAGCUGUGGCUGCCCCAUCCCUGGAAGUGCUCAAGGACAAGC